AUGGUCAACUGUUGUGCUGGUAACAUUAAUUUGAUCGCUUAUUUUAGUAAAUUUACAGAUCUGCUUAGUGCACAACGUAAGACACAUGCUAACGAGCGCGAAAGUUAUUUGCUGACACUUCAUGAAGCAGUUAAACUUGGAAGUGUUGCAUUAGUAAAACGACUACUUGUUUGGAACGAAGAAAUGAAAUUGCAAAACUAUGCUAGGGUCAGUAGAAAAGAGAUCUCAAUUUUAGGACGAACUGCUCUGCAUUGGGCAAUCCAACAAUAUUCCACUGAAAUCGCCUCAUUUUUAUUGUCAUAUGGUGCAAACAUUGAUGCCGUGGAUUAUUCCGGGAAAACGCCAGCGCAUUUGGCUUGUCAGGAGGGGAUGAUAGAUACGGUGAAUUUACUGAUUUAUUACAAGGCUGACUUUCUAGCAGUUGACAGAAGCGGAAAAACCCCGUUUGAUUUGGCUUGUGAAUAUGGGCGAGAAAAGGUCCCCAGCAUUUUUGAAACUUUGUUGAUCAUAAACUAA